GUUUUCCGAAAUAAGUCGCGUCCUUCGGACGUUUGUCGAGUGCUGUUGUGCAAUAAGUUUAAGAAUACUUUCAAAAUGCAAGGCAAGCGAAUUCCACAGGUGUGAAUUGAAUGUUGUGGUCACAAAUAUCCUGGCAACCGAUUUAAGAUGAACAUUCAUAUAAAAACUGUUAAAAGUGGGACAUUCGCUGCAAUAAUUUGAAAAUGUAGACAAAGCAUUCGCGGGGAAUAUACAAAAGAAUUCUUUUAACGUGUCAUGGAAGAACUGGAGCGGUGGUACAACAUGCAUUCCAUAAAACAUCAGGGAUUUUGCCUAAUAGUUUUAUCUUUAAUGAUUCGGACAACAUUAUGUGCAGAUCAAAUAGUGCAAAUGCAACCACCCCGCUUUAGCAUGCAACCCUCGUCAUCAAAUAGUAUAGUUAGAGAAGGAACAACAAAAAUACUUCAAUGUUCUGCUAUAGGAAUUCCUCAACCAAUGUAUAGGUGGUUAAAGAAUGGAGUGCCUCUUACCGAUUUCUCAUCAGAACUAUUUUAUAAAAUUCACAACACCCAGCGGCAGGACGCCGGAGCUUACCAGUGUAUAGCUAAAAAUGACGUCGGUGCGAUAUUCAGUGAGAAAAACAACAUUGUUGUUGCGUACAUGGGUGUUUUUGAAAACGUGGAAAAGUCACUGGUGACGGUAGAAUCAGGUAAAGCCGCAAUUCUCGAGUUACCGCAUAUAGAAUCGGAACCACCCCCAUCUCUUAUUUGGCAAGACGAGCAUGACACUUUAAGAUAUGAUCAGAAGUAUGCGUUUACAAAUAAACAUCAACUCCUUAUAUUGAGCGUUUCACGAGAAGACGAAAAGGCAUACAGAGUUCGCGCAAUUAACACCCAAUUAGGUAAAGAAGAAAAUAGUCCUUAUAUUAGGCUUAAUGUUCAUGGGGACGAUAGCAAAGAGGUACCGCCGGAAAUCAUUAUUAAACCGGAAGAUACUAAAAUAAUAAAGGGCCAGGAGUAUGUGAAUUUAUACUGUAUAGCAAAUUCCAGACCUCUCCAUGAAUUAGAAACAUUAUGGUUCAAAGAUGGAAUAAUAAUAGAUAUGGCAGGAAUAACAUACGCCUUGAACGACCAAUGGAAUAGAACUCUAAGUUUAAUUUCCGCCAAUCUAACUCAUACGGGUCAAUACUCUUGUCAAGCUAGAUUAAAAACAGGUGGUUUUGCCGCCGUGACGGCUUCCGCCAUCGUAACAGUGUUUGAAAAGCCCGUAUUUUUAACGAAUCUGAAAUCGGAAACCUUUGGUGAAUUUGGUAGUACAAUAGUUUUAGAAUGUAAUGUGCAAGGUAUACCUUUGCCUGGAAUUACGUGGUAUAAGGACGCGAGAAAAAUCGCUAGCGUGGGUGCAGAAGCCGGAGAGUCUGACAACUCUGAUGUGGAUGACGGCGGAGGAAGGUACAGAGUUGAAGUGGACCGAUCAUUGGUUAUCAGUAAUCUCAACAUGGACGACACGGGUAUAUUCCAGUGCAUAGCGAACAAUGAGGCUGGCGAAUCUUCUAUCUAUACCUGGUUGAAGAUAAAAACAUCACCGCCAAUAAUGCAGAGCCCGCCUGCCAACCUGACCGUGCUCGAUGGGAAGGACGCCACCAUCUCUUGCCGAGCCAUCGGCGCGCCGACUCCCAACGUUACUUGGUACUUCAACGACUCUUUAAUAAUAAACCUAUCGGGAAGGUUGCAAACUCUCGAAGACAGCGACUUAUUGAUCACAAGUACUACCACGGCUGACAGUGGUAAAUAUACAUGUGUCCGAGCAAACGACGCUGGAAACGUUUCAGGCGAAGCUUAUUUAACUGUAUUGGUGAGAACACAAAUCAUUGCCCCACCUGUUGAUACACGUGUUCUAUUGGGCCACACCGCUACUCUGCAAUGCAAGGUUUCAAACGAUCCCAACGUAAAGUACAAUAUUGAUUGGUUUCACAAUAAACAACCGAUGGUGGGCGGGUCGCGUGUGUGGGUGUCGGCGGAGGGCGCGCUGCAGGUGCAGGCGGUGCGCGCGAGCGACGCGGGCGAGUACACGUGCGUGGUGACGUCGCCCGGCGGCAACCACACCCGGCGCGCUCUACUCUCCGUCAUCGAGCUACCCUUCGCCCCCGCCAAUGUCCGCGCGGUCAGGCUAGAGGCGACACCGCAGAGGGCUGUCAAUGUCUCCUGGACGCCGGGGUUCGACGGGAAUUCGCCUAUUCAAAAAUUUAUCGUACAACGACGUGUUGUACCUGAAUUUGGUCCUAUACCAGACCCGUUAUUGAAUUGGGUGACUGAGUCCAUGAACGUAUCUGCAAAUCAACGAUGGGUCCUUCUGACGAGCCUCAAAGCAGCCACGUCGUAUCAGUUCCGUGUAUCCGCUGUGAACACUGUGGGUGAAGGACCGCCGUCGAGCCCCACGGACGUUCUUACCCUGCCACAAGAAGCGCCAUCUGGAUCCCCAGUAGGGUUCAUGGCAUCUGCUCGGUCUUCCUCUGAGAUAAUCACACAGUGGCAGCCUCCCCUCGAAGAGCACAGGAAUGGUCAUAUCCUCGGCUACGUGAUCAGGUACCGAUUACACGGCUACGACAACAGCCCUUGGACCUACCAGAAUAUUACCAACGAAGCCCAGAGAAAUUACCUCAUACAGGACUUGAUUACGUGGAAAGACUACAACGUACAAAUAGCCGCGUACAACGACAAGGGCGUCGGUGUAUUCUCGGAUAGUUACACUAUAAAAACGAAGGAAGGAGUGCCCGAGGCGGCGCCCGACAGCGUCCGAUGCGAGCCGCACAACUCAACCGCCAUCAGUGUGUGGUGGACUCCGCCGAACCCGCAGAAGAUCAAUGGCAUCAACCAGGGAUAUAAAAUACAAGCGUGGAUAUGGGAUGACAACGAAAAUAUGAAUGUUGAGCAAAAAGUUGUAAGCGUCCCUCCAAACCUCUUGGAUCCUUUGACGGAGCAAUCUGCUAUUAUAGGCGGGCUCGAAAAAUUUACGGAAUACAACAUAACCGUGUUGUGUUUCACCGAGCCCGGUGACGGGCCUCCGAGCGAUUAUAUCGCUGUAAGAACUAAAGAAGACAUACCGGAUGAAGUGGCAGGUCUGCAAUUCGACGACAUAUCAGAUCGUUCAGUGAGAGUGUCGUGGUUACCGCCAAAGAAGUCCAAUGGUAUACUAAUUGGCUACAAAUUGACUUAUCAAGUGAAAGAUAAUCCUGAAACGUUGAACGAGGAAGUCUUACCGCCGAAUAUUACCAGCAUCAAUGUGGAGCAUUUGCAGGCGAGCACGCAGUACAAGCUGUGGGUGUGCGCGCUGACGCGCUCGGGCGCGGGCGCGGCGCGCGCGGCGUCCAUCCAGUCGGGCGUGGAGCCCGUGCUGCCGCACGCGCCGCGCAACCUCGCGCUCUCCAACAUCGACGCCUUCUCCGUGCUGCUGCAGUUCACGCCCGGCUUCGACGGCAACUCCUCCAUCUCGCUGUGGACUGUUCAGGCGCAGACCGCACGCAACUCGUCGUGGGUCACGAUCUACGAGGUGAACGCUCCCGAGGCACAGUCUAUCCUCGUGACCGGGCUGGUGCCCUUCACGACGUACCGGCUGCGUCUGAUCGCAACUAACGUCGUGGGCUCGUCGCAGCCUUCGGAGCCGUGCAAGGAGUUCCAGACGAUACAGGCGCCGCCGAGACAUCCGCCCAAAAACGUCACUGUGCGAGCCGUGAGCGCCACCAAUCUGCGUGUUAGAUGGAUCCCUCUUCAACAAAGCGAAUGGUACGGCAACCCAAAGGGUUACAACAUAACAUACAAACGAAGCGGUUCGAACGACACUUUAUACAGCGUGAUCGAGGACCACACAGCCAACUCUCACGUCCUGUCCAACUUGGAGGAGUGGUCCGUCUACGAAAUACGGAUGUGUGCGAUUAACGAGGUGGGCACCUCCGUCGAGAGCCCCACGGCUAUCGAAAGAACAAGAGAAGCUGUACCGACCCGUGGCCCGAAUGGUGUAUCUGCCAACGCUACUUCUUCUACUACAGUGGUUGUACUAUGGGGAGACAUACCAGUCGGAGAUCAGAACGGUUUGAUAGAAGGAUAUAAAGUGUGCUACGCAGCUGUGGUCCCGCCGCCACGGCCGGAACACAACAAAGUGGAAUGUCAAGCAAUACCCUCAAAUCAAACGCAUACUGUCACAUUGACAGAGUUAAAGAAAUAUGUGGCAUACCAAAUACAAGUAUUGGGAUAUACUCGACUAGGAGACGGAGUGUUAAGCGAUCCCCCGGUUAAUGUACGGACGUUUGAGGAUACUCCCGGACCACCAUCGAACGUAUCAUUUCCGGAUGUGACUUUCACGACGGCUCGGAUUAUUUGGGACGUGCCAGAGGAUCCAAACGGUGAAAUACUUGCAUACAAAGUCACUUACCAUCUUAACGGGACAACCCAACAUAUGUUUUCGAGGGAGUUCCUACCUUCCGAUCGGACCUUUAGGGCGACGGAGCUGCUGCAGGAGCAGUACUACCUGUUCUCGGUGCGCGCGCAGACGCGGCUGGGCUGGGGCGCCACGGCGCGCGCGCUCGUGCUCACCACCGUCAACCGCGCCGCGCCCGCGCCGCCCGCGCGCCCCAACCUCGCGCGCUCGCUGCUGCAGCCGCACCACAUCACCUUCUCCUGGACGCCCGGCGACGACGGAUACGCGCCCUUGAGAUACUACACUGUGCAACAGAAGGAAGAAGGUGGAACUUGGCAAACUAUACCUGAGCGGGUGGAUCCUUUUGCCACAUCCUACACGGCCGAAGGUUUAAAACCUUACACUGCAUACCAGUUCCGAAUCCGAGCCACCAACGAUAUUGGGCCGAGCCGAUACAGCAACGCUACGGAAACAAUUCGCACACUACCUGCAGCUCCAAGCAAAGCCGUGGAGAAUCUUCGCGUAGUGCCCAUAACCCCCAGCAGCGUGCGCGUGCAGUGGACACCGUUGGCCGAACAGUACUGGAGCGGGGACACGCACACUGGCGGCUACCGGAUUUUCUACCAACCACUCACCGACUUCCCUACGGCACUACAACAGACCAUGAAACUGGAGGUGCCCGGCAUUAAGAGCGAAGAAGCAGUACUGACUGAACUGGCGCUGGACCGCAACUACGAGAUCAGUGUGUGCGGUAUCAACUCGCAAGGCGCAGGCCCGGGCGGCACGCCGGCCGUGGUGUGGGUGGGCGAGGCCGUGCCCACUGCCCCGCCGCAGGACGUCGCCGCGCAGCCCCUGUCGCCCACCGAGGUGGCGCUCACCUGGCACCCGCCGGCCCGCCAUCAGCAGAACGGUGACCUGCUCGGUUACAAGAUUUUUUAUUUGGUUACGGAUUCUCCGGAAGAACCGGAACCCGGUAGAAAAAUUGAGGAAGAGAUCGAGGUAGUGCCCGCAUCCGCCACGUCACACUCGUUAGUGUUCCUCGACAAAUAUACGCAGUAUCGAAUCCAGGUGUUAGCAUUUAAUCCGGCUGGAGACGGGCCUCGAUCAAACGCGGUUUUAGUCCGGACGCAUCAGGGUCUGCCGUCUGUGCCACGCAAUAUAACCUUCACUGAUAUAACAAUGAACAGCCUUGUUGUAUCUUGGGAACCGCCGUACCGACGCAAUGGUCUCAUUCAGUCGUAUCUUGUUACAUACGAAACUAUAGAACAAGAUGAACGUUUCAGCAAGCAAGUAAAGCAGAAGGUGAGUGAGCGACGGCUGGCGGUGGGCGGGCUAGAGGAGGAGGUGGAGUACCAGUUCAGCGUGCGUGCCGUGACGGUAGGCGCGGGCGGCGCGGCGAGCGCGCGCGUGCGCACCGGCCCGCAGCCCGGCAGUCCGCGCCCGCCGCACGCGCUGCACCUCGCGCCCGAGCCCGCCGCGCUGCGUCUGCGCUGGACCAACGCGCCCUCCGGCCGCGGCCCGCUGCUCGGCUACUACAUUGAGGCGCGCCGGAAAGAUCUCACCCGAUGGGAGACAGUGACGAAAACCAAUAAUGGUAUUUUAGAAGAAUUCACUAUAUCCUACCAGAGCCUGCUACCUUCAACCGCCUACUCAUUCAGAGUUAUAGCUUACAACGCUUAUGGCAUCAGCAACCCGGCAUACAACGAUAAAGUGAUUGUAACGCCAUCGAAACUUUACCUCGAAUAUGGAUACUUGCAGUUCAGGCCGUUUUAUCGCCGUACAUGGUUCAUGGUGGCCCUCGCGGCGGUCUCGGUCAUCAUCAUUAUCACUGUUAUUGCAAUCUUGUGUGUCAAGAGUAAAAGCUACAAAUAUAAAAAAGAGGCCCAAAAAUGCCUGGAAGAAUCACUAGCAGGUGAGACAGAGGACCGCGGGUCGUUAGCGAUGGAGCUGUACCGCGUGCGACAGCAGUCGGCGGGCGGCGGCGCGGGCGCGGCGGCGGGGUGCACGGGCGGCGCGGGCGGCACGCUGCGUCGCAAGCAGCCCGCGCUGGGCAAGUCUCCCCCGCGGCCGUCGCCCGCCUCCAUCGCCUACCACAGCGAGGAAGAGAGCCUGCGCGCCUACGACGAGAACCCCGAUGAUUCCUCGCUCACCGAGAAGCCCUCGGAGAUGAGCUCCUCCGACUCUCAGAAUUCGGAGAGUGAAAACGAGAGUGUAAGGUCGGAACCCCACUCGUUCGUAAAUCAUUAUGCAAACGUGAACGACACUCUACGACAGUCUUGGAAGAAGCAGCGGCCCGUGCGCAACUACUCGAGCUACACGGACUCUGAGCCCGAGGGCAGCGCCGUGGUGAGCCUCAACGGCGGCCAGAUCGUAAUGAACAACAUGGCGCGGUCGCGCGCGCCGCUGCCCGGCUUCUCCUCGUUCGUAUGACAGGAACCCACCGGCACGGCCGCGCCGCCGCAGGCUGUGCACAUGUAAACACUUACUGCCUACAAUUCCCAUUCCCAAUAUUUUAUAUUCAUUCGUAAUUACCUUUUAAGUGUACAUAUCUACUUAGAAUUCAAUUUAAGCUUUAAUCUUUAUACACAAUUAAUUAAACUUGAAAAAUAAUUCCAAGGUUAAAUAUUUUUUUAAAUAUUAAAAAUAAUGAAGUAACAUGAUUUGUAAGUAUCACCUCGGUUACGGUAGAUAUUUUGAAAUGUAGGUCUUAGGUUUUGUUUAUUAAUUCAUAAUUAGUAAUAUAUCAAAAAAUUAUUAAAAGCAAUAUUUGACGAAAAUCAAAUCGUAAAUUUAUUAUUAGGAUACUAAUAUUACGUUCUCAAAUUAUGGAAAAAAAACAUCUCAUAAUUAGGUACCAAAAACAGAUAAGUACCUAAGUACUAUUUAUACAUUAUGGCAUCUUUAUAUAGUACUUAUUGCGCGGUGAUUGUGUUCAAAAAUUGUGUCAUUAUUAUUUUAAAAAUGUAAGAUGCGUCAGUGUGAAGAAUCUUAAAUGUAAUAAACUGCCUUUAACUAAAAAAAGAUUAUGUUAAAUUAUAAUGUAUGUACUAUACCAUUAUUGCUUUUUGUAUAUAAUUUCCAAUGUUGUUGUUAUUAAAACAGUAUUCAUUAGAUAGAACUCUUAAUUCUUAAUAUGAAAUGGCAAAAAAUUUAUAUACUAGUUGUAUUUAUAUAUGUCUGACAAAUACUAUUGCAACUAUUUGGUACUUUUUCAUGCCCAGAGUAAUAGAUGCAUUAAGAUAUUUUAUCAGUCUAUAUAACAUGAUACAAAUUACUGAAUCUUACUGCUAUAAAAUUUUAAUAUUUCAGUAUAUAAACGAUAUUCAUAAUACUUAUUUUUUCUAUUGCAACUUCCAUUAAACAUAAUGGAUGAACAUGGGCAGCUCUUGUAACCAUUUUAGAUGAUCAAAUCGACUGAUAGUUAUAAUGUUAAACAAUUUUGUAUAUAAGAAUGUCUUAGGCAAAGUGUAUGCUUUCAAAAUAUUUGGCACAAUUUUUUCUAAAAUUUACUGUGAUCUCCUUAAUAAUAUUAGGAACUUAUUACUGUUUGAUGAUAAACUAAAAAUAAUAUCUUUCGAAUGUUAAAUAUAGAAGAUAUAAAGUAUGAAUCCUGCAAUCAGUCGGGGCAAGCUGUUAUAAAUAAUGCACUUUUGCAGACAUAUUAAAGACUGACCAACAAGUAUUAGAUCCUGUACAUUAACAGAAAUAUAAAUAAUUUACAUUAAAUCAUCUGACAAAAACCUCUGUGACCUUUUAGAACUACGUAAUUCGUCAAUCAACUAUGAAAUAGCACCUGUAUGAGAAUGUAAUUUUUUUAAAUUAACAACGUAUGUUUGGCGGCCACUCUGGUGAUAGUUGAUAAUUUCAAUAAUGCAUUGAGCAUUUUGGAUAGUUUAUUGUAACAGAAUCAAUUGUUCAAAAGUUUUAAUAUACAAUAUUUUUUUUAAAGGCAGACAGUGUGUAAAUUUCUUAAGUAUUACAAAUAUGUUAAUAAUUAUGGUUACAUGUAGUACAAGAACGAAAUAUAUACUUAUAUAUAUUUUUUGUAUUUAUAUAGUGAAACUACUUAUACUUUUACUUUGAAAAGAAAUUAGGUAUAAAGUAAACAAAGAAAGUACCAGAAAUCUUUUAAUUUUUCCUUUCUACAUCAUCAUGGGAAUAUCGUGCUGUUCAUUAUGAUAUCACUAAAUAAAGAUGAAGAGAUUGUGUGGUUUUUGUUCAAACGCGCUUUUUUUGGAACCAGCAAUAGUUCCAAUUUAGAAAAUCCCUUCACUAAGGAAAAUAGAUUCUUCUCAAAUGAUAAGUUAUGCCAUUUUUUCCUAUGAACAGUAUAGUAUCCGUUUUUUCUUUACGACAUCUGAUAUCACAUUAUUUCUAAAAGUUGUCGAGUGUUCUCUGUCACAUUUAUAUAUACUUUGAACAUUACUCCAAAAUAAUAUUAAGUUUAUUAAGAUCGUUCAUCUAAAGGGGCGAUAUAUUACUAGGGUUUAUUACGCGAUAUUUCUGCUUCGUUACGCAGGAUAGAUUUGUAAUUGAUAUUAAUUUUUUUAUUAUGCCGCCUGCUUAUUUCUUGUCGAAACAAUAGCUUUACAUAAAUUUUGUAUGAACAUUUAUUAAAUUAAUAUAAUUAAAAAAAUAGAAAUUGCCCCGACUUGAAUAUAAUAUGUAAUGAUUUUGCACCUUACACUUAAUUAGGCUUGUAUGGAUUCACAUCACAAAUCACAUUAAAGAAUGAUCCACACUCAGUGUUUUGACUAAGAUUUUGACACCUUUAUUAUUUAAAUAUAAAUAAAAUCUAAAGUGUUAUAACUUUAGGAUCUGUGGUAGUUAUAGCCAUGGAUGUGCCAUUACUUUUAUUUAAUAAAAAUAAAACAACAAUUUAGUGAAUCUGUUUAGUAUUGACUAUUGUACUGAUUUACAUUAUACGUGAAACACAAGUUAUUGUAGACAUUUAUAUUUAUUUUUUAGAAAACAUUGACGUAAUACAUGAAAUACAAAAUUUA